AUGACUUGCUUCUCGUGUUGCAAGGUGGACGACGAGCCUGAAGAAUCUGUGAGGAGGGCCAGAAUACGAAGGCAAUACUCAAGUGGUUUGAAGAGAUUGACCUCGCUUUUAGCAACUUUUUCGGUUAAGUCAGAUAGCAACGAAUGCAGGAAUUUACAGAAGGAGAUACUCAAGACGGGACACGCGAAAAAAGUCGCUCAGCUUUUUACGUACGAGGAACUAGCUGCUGCAACUGAUAACUUCAAUCCUGAUUCUCUGCUGGGAGAAGGUGGAUUUGGGAAGGUGUACAGAGGUUACCUGGACAGCAUUAAACAAGUUGUGGCAGUGAAGAAACUUGACAGGAAAGGAUUGCAAGGGAGCAGAGAGUUUUGUUCUGAAGUUAUCAUGUUGAGUUUGGUUCAACACGCGAACCUCGUCAAUCUUAUUGGCUAUUGUGCAGAAGGAGACCAGAGAAUGUUAGUGUAUGAAUUCAUGGUCAAUGGAUCUUUGGAGAAUCACCUUCUAAAUGUAUAUUCGAAUAUGGAGCCUCUUGAUUGGUAUACGAGGAUGAAAAUAGCUGAAGGAGCAGCUAAAGGGCUCGAGUACCUUCAUGAGACUGCCAAUCCGCCAGUGAUUUAUCGUGACUUCAAAGCUUCAAACAUUAUACUAGACGAAAAAUUCUGUCCUAAGCUUUCUGAUUUUGGACUUGCCAAGUUAGGUCCAACCGGAGACAAGGACCAUGUGACUACUAGAGUGAUGGGGACUUAUGGCUAUUGUGCACCAGAGUAUGCUUCAACAGGACAGCUGACAACUAGGUCCGAUGUCUACAGCUUUGGCGUUGUGCUUCUCGAGUUGAUCACAGGACGGAGAGCUAUUGAUGAGCGAAGACCGGUUGGACAGCAGAUCCUAGUCAGUUGGGUAUGUGAACAUUCAUCAAGUAGCAAAAGCCUUUACCAAGCAAAGCCAAUGCUUAAGGACAGAAAGAGAUACGCGUCGAUGGCUGACCCGUUGCUUCGAGGCAGAUUUCCAGCAAAGGGUCUGAACCAAGCUGUUGCAAUUGCUGCAAUGUGUCUGAAUGAGGAAGCUGAUUGCCGGCCUUCGAUGGGUGAUGUUGUGACCGCUCUCGGGCACCUAUCGUUGCCAGACUACGAUGGAGAAGGUGCCAAGGGUGCAUCGAGAAACAGAGGCAGGCACGUUGAGUCAAUAAGAAGCGCAAGAGGAGACAAAGAGCUAUAGCAAUUAGGAUCAAGGUGCAAGCUGAAGAAUGUGCUUUGCACCUUAUCCAAAGGAAUUAGAGGAUUGAAAUAACAAGCGUUUUUUCAUUUUUUUUUUAUUCUUAAAAUAUAUCAUGUUUCUCUCUCAUAAUCUAACAACGGAAAUGUUAUUGUGACAGUAUCUUAAGUCAAUCACGCACUAUCAUGCAUUUUAACUUUCAUAACAAUAAUGGUUGAUUGGCUUAGGAUAUCGUCACAGUUGCAAUCUUUUUGCUUCGCUUAGCCCUUUCUCUCUUUAGGAUAUUUUUAUGAUAGUAACUAUAGGACAUGGACGAUC